ACCUACCCCCCCCCCCCCCUUCUCCUCCAAUCACCAAUCGUGCAAGUGGGCGCGUUCUGACCAAGCUCCCGUCCGUUAGCCUUCCUUGUAGAGUUCCUGGGGCUCGGUAUAUACGUGUUCAGGACGCAUGAAGCACGGGCAUAUAACAUUUGAUGCUUUCACACCUGUUUACGAGGUUUACCUGCUUCCUUCAGUUUUUAUCGACUGACUAGAUCAUUGCUACUUGGCGGCCAUUUUGAGGAGCGAACAGCUUCAUCUUCUAUCUCUGCUCAUCUCCAUCCUUGGAUCGAGUGUCAAUCAACAUGUGGCUGAUGAAGCCGCCUAUGCCGGACAACUUCCAGGAUGCUGACGAAAGACGAUGGCAUUCCAUUUCGAGACAGCACAUAGCCAACUUCUCAUAUCCCCGUUCAGACUUGGUUCACUAUUAUCCAAAGCAGCACUUGACCGCUCGGAACUCUCAGGGGUCCGACUCCUCUCCGCCACAGCUGGUGGAAGACCACGGUUCUGAUGUCUCGGUAGAGGACGACCCCCAAUUUCGAACAUUGGAAGCCGACUCAUGGAACUCCUGGCAUGCGAGGGGAGAUCAGAGGGUAAAAUCGAACCAUCCCGCGCUCAUCGACUCUGCUGGGUCUCGCGAGGUCACAGCCCGAGGCCCUACGCUGACACGUGGAGACUCCUCUCCAACAACGCGUAGCCCGGUGGACUCGGGGAGCCAGACGGACGAGACAGCUCGGCGUGUGGCUACAUCGUGCCAGGAACAAGUGCUCCAGCCCCCAAGGACUCCUCAAAAAGCCUGCUAUUCUCUGUUUCCUUCGACCGACCCUUGUCCGAAGCGCAGUCCCGCGCGACUGCAGAUAUGUUUAGAUGGGCAACCACCAGGGCUGGAGACCUCGCCGCUCUAUUAUGACUUCCCAUCUCCCCCACGAUCCCGGGCCGCCAUCACCAGCGGGAAGAACAACGCAACAGAAACGCCAAGAUCGGGCUCCUCAAGGGCCACAACACCCUGCUCAAGGCAUGCGGGUUCCAGCGCGGCGAGCUCGCCGGAUUCAAUACCCUUGCUACUCCGGAGUCCCGGGCCAACUCCACCAGGAUCCCCUUCGACCAGGUACUCCUCGGAGAGCCCCAACUGCUCCUCCUUCGAAGUGAGGAAUUACUCUCCUCCACACAAUAACCUCCGCAACAUUUCUCUAUCAGAGAUUUCAGCUCAAUCUUCACCAUCACUCCCGAAUCUAGCCAACACCCAACGGCAAAAUCAGCCUCUAAACCGCUCCACCAACAGCAGACCGCUGGUCCGUGCCGGUAUCUACUACGACCGGCCGCUCCCGCCCUUGCCCACGGAACGUUCUUCUUCGCCACCGCACAUUUCCGUCUUCGAAACAGACUCGGACGACGAAGACGGCGGGGAGGACGAUCGGCCAUCCAGCAUUACCGAGUCCACCAGGAACUUGGCCCGCCGUUUCAUGCACGGGCUAGUUCACCACAGUCACCACCAUCACCACCGUCAUCAUCAAUCAAGUCCCGUCGGGCGGGAGAAGAGACUCGGACAACGUCCGGAUCAUAAGCGAAGCGUGAGCGAUGAGGGGCCACCCACGUCAGCUUCUGCGGCCAAGAGCAAGGACAGCGAUAGUAGCGAUGGCGGCAGCGCAAGGAUCGGCAUAGCUCGGAAGCUGAAUGCGGCGGCAGGGUACAGGAAGGGCGGCACGACUGCAGCCGUCAAGGCCGCGGCAUCGAGAGCAGUUGUGAGCAUGGAUCUGCCAAGGGGUAGCGCUAGCCCGGGAGGAGGGGUUGAGGGGUACGGGGGACAAAAGGCGGGGAGGAGGAGGGUAGAUUUCUUCUGGGGGAGGAUCCUAAGGAGAAAAGGAGGAGAUUGACUCGGCCGUCUUCUCCUAUUCUGUUCUGAUAUCUCUAUAUAUCCUUGACUUCAUUUCCUUCCUCCACUUCUUCUACCUUGACCUUUUCCUUUUCCCGAUUGUUUCUGUUCUCUUCUGCUUGAUGGGUUGGUCCUUCCUCUGUCUUUCUGUUUAUCAAGAGGCGGGCAACCGCUGGUUGGGAAAGUCCUUUACUUUCUUCCCGUUUUCUCUUCUACUCCGAUUCUCCAACAGGGGGUUU